GCUCGUUGGUCAGUAACUGACUACUAAUCUUUGAGUCAGCAAGAUCAGAGCAACGAGAAUACAUUUCUCCUUAGUUUUACCGGUUUCAUUUUUAAAAAAGUGCUAGCAAUAGUUCUAAAGUUGUUUAUUCACCGUUCUUCUUCGACAACAAGUUGAUCGUAAGAUCUUUUAGCAGCGGAAACACCCAUCGCAGACAACUUUAUCGACAAGUUACGAACCGAAGCUCGAGAGGCGAAUAGAAGAGCCAGUGUCAGCUGAAAGAGAGCUGAGAAGAAGAGGUCGAGGAAGAAAGAUAAUCGUCGGGCACCAGACAAGAUGCCUGCUCCGACAUCAGCUGCGGGUCCGGUGGAGGGUCCCCCUCGCACCGAGUUGCAGGAAUUACAACUGAAGGCCGAUCAAACUACAGAUGAGUCCCUGGAGAGCACGAGGCGUAUGCUGGCACUAUGCGAGGAGAGCAAGGAGGCUGGCAUCCGUACUCUGGUUGCACUCGACGACCAGGGAGAACAACUGGACAGAAUCGAGGAGGGUAUGGACCAGAUCAACGCCGACAUGCGCGAGGCCGAGAAAAAUCUCACUGGAAUGGAAAAGUGCUGCGGUCUCUGCGUUCUUCCAUGCAACAAGAGUGCCAGCUUCAAGGAAGACGAGGGAACCUGGAAGGGCAACGAUGACGGUAAGGUGGUGAACAACCAGCCUCAACGGGUGAUGGACGAUCGCAACGGACUCGGCCCUCAGGGCGGCUACAUCGCCAAGAUCACAAACGAUGCCCGUGAAAAUGAGAUGGAGGAGAACAUGGGACAGGUGAACACGAUGAUCGGUAAUCUGAGAAACAUGGCGAUCGACAUGGGAAGCGAACUGGAGAAUCAAAAUCGGCAGAUCGACAGGAUCAAUCGCAAGGGCGAAUCGAACGAGACGAGGAUAAAGGUGGCCAACGAGCGAGCCCAUCAGCUACUCAAGUAAGGCCACUCUCGACCACCUGCACCCCGUCGGCCACCAACAGCACCAAUACAACCAUCACUAUUAUUCACCAUCACUAUCACUACCUACAGUAACAGCAACAACAGUAACAAUAACAAUAACAACAGCCAAGUGUCUAGAAUAAAAUCAUUACCGACACUUACAACAGACACACUCGAUUACUCUGAAUUUACUUACUCGUGCUCAUUAUACUUUACGGAAUAUUUUACUUUGUUAUUGUUUUAAGUUCGAAAUACGAUUUAAUUUAUAUACAUCGAAUUAUGUAGUAUAUUUCUAGCAGAGACGAGUUUAUCAUAAAUUAGACGAUUCAUUGAUACGGAUAGAAAGAUUUUUUUAGCGUACAUUCAGUUCCGUCCCCGUUUCGAUCUUUGGUUUCCCUUUUGAUUCGUUAUUUUGAUUUUUAACGAGUGUUAGGGAGAUCGACGAAUCUUGUCCGAUAAAAUUGUACGUUGAGAUCUUGACGAUCGAAUUGUUGAAUAGUUUAUUCGCGGUUAGUCGAAUUAGAUUGUUGCUCGAUAUUGAGAAAGCACGCUAGAUUCUAAAUGAUCGAUCAAAUGUACCACUUUAUGCUUGUGCCUUUUGUUUUCGAGGAACGUCAGAAGUAAAUUCUAUUUGAAUAAUACAUUGCUCGUGCGUUUUUCCGUUUAACACCAUCCAAAAGAGAAGCCAAGUUAUCUCGAUACACCACGAUACAUACAGCUUCUUUCGUUUGCGUUCGUUUCAUUUUUCCUAUCCACUUUCUUGGGUGGUUCUUCGACGAAUUUCCACGAACGUAUAUUAUCGAACACCGUCUUUAAUCCUUAAAGGGGCAAUUUCUCUUGGUAGAUUUAGAUCACUUAAAUGAAGAAAAUGAAUGAAAAAGAGCACAGAUAUUAGUUCGUUAUCGUCAGAACGAUAUUCAAUUACCUUGAUAGAAUUUUCUAAAAGUAAAACAACGUAUUAAUGUUAAUUGAAAUUGUGCCAUUAAUAAAUGCGUAUAACCAUCCACGUCGCACGGAACGUAUUAAAAAGAUUCAAAGAGACGUGAUUAAAAAUGUGAAGUAUAUCUCGUUUCGAUUGCACGUUUAUCCAAGUUCUUCCUCUAUCGCGAUAGCGCUUACACUUUUAACCUUCUUGGGAGGAAUUUGAUUUUACAAAAAUUCAUUUACCUCGUUUCCUCUUACGUUAAUUAAAUCUGUAUCGUUCAGACAAAGGGUUAAAAGUGUGCGCCUGUUUAAGGGUUAAAGAUUAACCGCAGAUUAUCGACGAAAGAAGCAUAUUACAGAAAAUGAAAGAAGACAACGUCAGUUGUCUACGGGUAGCACACACACACGCUGUAAUCUUUUCGAUCGUUACAUCUACACAUUCACUCGGCCACGAUGGAAAUAAACGUGUACAGUGGUUGGACAGAAUAAUGGAACGUUGAAUUUCAGUGUGAAAAAUGUUUAUUCGUACCAGUCUAUUUCUUUCUUUAAUUGUCAAAUUUCUUAUCGUUGCCAUUAUCGGUCCAGUCCUGUAUAUAUGUACAUACACACACUCACAGUACUUUAACACAAGGAACACAGAGAAAGGGUAGCGUAGAUCGCACAGCGUGUGGGAGUGCACACGUGAACGAUACAUACGCACAGCGAGUCCCCAGUAGGUGAACUACGUAUCCACGUAAUUUGUUAUCACGAUUAGCAUUACGACCAAGAUAUAUCAGUGUACAGUAGUAGAAUAAAAAAUCUAGGUAGGGUAGAGACAAAGCUGGAGAGUAGAUCGGUAAGAGGAGGAAAAGCCUUGAGAUUAUUAGGAAAAAGAAAAGAAAAGAACAACAAAACGCGUGUAUUAGACCGGAUCGAGGGCUGUGCAGUUGAAGAUCUACUCGGAUAAAAAAAUCAUGUUACCGUUCAAAUCGAAGAUCUGUACGAACAAAAUCCGAGUUACCGUUUAUUUUCACGCGUACAUACACCGCACGUUCUACACGUCGAAGAAAACCGGAAGGGAUCGUAGUAUGUAUGGAAGAGAAUAAUAAAGAGCAAUGAAGGGAAAGGUGGAAGAGGGAAGGAGACGGAGACGGAGACGAGGAAGAAGAUUGAUUUUAAGAAAUCGAAGCAACGAAGAGGACGUCGUCGUGAGAUAAUUAUAUAAGAGAUUGAGAGAGAAAGGGAGAGAAUGAGGGUGUUUAAUGUGUAGAUAGAAUUUUGUUCAUCGUUUUGUCUCUCGACUCACCGUAGAACGUAGAUCGAUUACGUUUUUCGCGCCCCCCGCGCUCUGGUGACGGGGGUCACAGUAAGGUUUAACUCCAAAUGAAACGAAAAACGAAUGAAAGAUAGAGAGAGAAAGAGCGAGUGAGCUGAGUAAGAUGAUGAUUUAAGGGAGUAAACGAAGAUUGUACAUUAUAUUGUAUUUACACAAAGCGAAGUACCUCUACUUUGUAUUGUACGAACGAAUAAUCCGUUUGAGGGAUUCCCGUUUCGGUUUCCUGUUUCGCUGUCUAUCAGUAUUCACGUUGUAUACCUACUUCCAAGAUUUAGCUACUUGGAAAAUCUAAUAUUUUAUGUAACUCUUUACAGUUGACACGUUACGUCUUAUUUUAAAGAAAGUCAAUUGAUUACGAUAUGGCUAUUGACCGGUAGCGAGCAUUUCUUUAUAAACCGAUUUACGGAUGAAAAAAGGAGGACUAUAACGUGAUUACAGUAGACUGGAUUCAACACCGCAGACAAAAAGGGAUGUUUCUCGAAGCAGCUGUCAGCCUUAACAGUAUUCGCGUCUUUACACUUACCUCUUUAGCCUUAAGAGAACGCCGAGAAAGAGAGAGAGAGAGAGAGA